AUGGGCAAAAAAACUUCAUUGUUGGCUUCGUCCAAGGCGGUUGACCCCCACCUGCAGGCUCUCUUUGCCUCCAGUUCUGGUCCUGUUUCUACCCCUCCCACAUCGAGAUACCAGAAGCUCCGACUCAACAAGCCCAAAUCGAGGUCGGACGACGAGCAGUCUGGCGACGACGAAGUCCUGUCCGAAGCCAGCGACGAGCUCGACUACGAAAGCGACGAGGAGGACGACGAGGUUGACGGCGAAGAUGACGACGAAGAUUCCGGAGAGGACGAUUCUGAGAAGGCUGCUGAGGAAGAGUCCAGCGCUGACGAGGAGGCAGAAGAAGAAUCCAGCGCUGAAGCGGAGGUAGAAAACAUCGCCGCGCCCCGCAAGGAACGCAAGCGCAAGCGCAAAGACGACAAUGAAGAUCUGGAAGGGAAAUAUCUUGAUAGCUUGAGCAAGAAUGACGAAGACGAGCCCUCCGGAAAGCGCGUCAAAUCCGCAAAGGACGGCUCCGACUCUGACAGCAACGACGAAGCCGAGGACGAAGACGCCGACAAGGAAGACCUUCCCACACACGAGUCUCUGAGCAAAGAUUCCGCGGCCGCUGAAACCAACAAGGCCGCCAGAACCGUCUUCCUAGCCAACGUCUCCGCCGAGGCCGUCUCCUCCAAGGCAGCCAAGAAGCAGCUGCUCGCGCACCUUGCGACUGCGCUCGACAAGGAGGCACAACCCCUCCAAAAGGUCGAGUCGAUACGCUUCCGCUCCGUCGCCUUCUCCACGGGCUCGAUGCCCAAGCGCGCCGCCUACAUCACCAAGUCAGUCAUGGAGGCCACGACGCACUCGACCAACGCCUACGUCGUCUUCUCGACCGACGCCGCCGCCCGCCGCGUGUGCCAGCAGCUCAAUGGCACCGAGAUCCUCGGCCGCCAUCUCCGCGUUGACAGCGUCGCCCACCCGAGCCCCACCGCCCACCGCCGCUGCGUCUUUGUCGGUAACCUCGGCUUCGUUGACGACGAGACCGUGCUCAACACAAACAAGGACGGCGAUAAGGGGACGAAGAAGCGUAACAAGGUGCCCUCCGACGUCGAGGAGGGUCUCUGGCGCCUCUUCUCCAAGAACGGCAAGGUGGAAAACGUCCGCGUUGUGCGAGACCCCAAGACUCGAGUGGGCAAAGGCUUUGCCUAUGUUCAGUUCUAUGAUGCCAACGCUGUCGAAGAAGCGAUUCUCCUCGACGGCAAGAGCUUCCCGCCCAUGCUCCCCCGGAAACUCCGCGUCACUCGCGCCAAGGACCCGCGCAAGACGGCCCAGGCCAUGGAGCGUACCAAGUCCAAGUUCAACAGCAGCACGCAAGGAAGUCAGCAUGCCAACAGCAAGCCGCUCCGCAAGGGCGCCGCGACCUACGUGCCCAAGAUAACGCCCGACCAGCAGGCCGCCGCGGGCCGUGCCCGCAAGCUCUUUGGCCGCGCCCGUGGAGGCGCCCACGGAGGCACCAACAGCACCGGCGUUCUUCCCUCCGGCGUCAAACCGCCGGAGAGAAUUGUUUUUGAGGGCCGCAGGGCGUCGUCCAGGGACGCGCUCCCCAAGGACCUCAAGAAGAAGGUCAAGACCAAGCGUGCCCGACCUGUGACGAGAAGCGCACGCCGCGGUGCCGAUUGGAAGAAGAAGUCUGUUAAAUAA